AUGACAGCGGACCCUCAAACCACGAAAGCGUCGUUCUACCCCCAGAAACUCACUCGAGUGAUCAUACCUGCGGUAUUAGAGCCAAUACAAACCAAGAACUUGUAUCUACGUAGUCUGGACGUCAAAGAUGCUGAUGAUAUCUUUGAAUUCCGGCGCAUGCAGGAGGUGGCAGACUGGCUAUGGCCCAGAGUCCCCCACAAGGACAUCUCUGAGACAGAGGCAUCAAUCACCAGCAAGACUUUCCAAACCCCCGAUGCAACCGGCGCUAUUGGACGACAAUUCCAAUUUGCUAUUAUCCGCGCAGACGACCCAUCCCAAAAGGUCAUCGGCGCGGUAGGAAUCAAUGCCCUUGUUCCAUCGCCGUCAAUUGGAUACGGUAUUCAUCCUGCCUUCUGGGGUAAAGGGUAUAUCAGCGAGGCAGUUGGUGGAGUUGUCGAUGCAUGGUGGAAGCUCGAGAGGAAAGACGUUGAGGAUUCGGGUGAAAAAGAAAUGUUGUAUGCUGCAUGCAACAAGGCAAACAUUGGAAGUUCGAGGGUGUUGCAGAAGAAUGGGUUUCGGAUUCUCGAGGAGUUUCAUAUAGAAGGGGAUGUGGUGGCGUUGUUUGGGUUGGAAAGACCACAGUGA